UACUUACGCGGAGGCACUCCCAGUAGCACGGCAGAGCAGUAAAGAGGGUAGAAGGAGCGAAUAUUAGGGAAUAAGGCAGGAGUCUCUUCGACGUUUCGAAUCCAAAAAUCCUCAAGGUUUUCAGAACGCUCCAAUCUCUGCGUUGCCUUCAUUAUAACAUUCAAAGAACACAAAGGAGAGCGAGAGAGUUGGAGAGGAAAAAUAAGAAAUGUCGGUACAACAAUACCUUGAAAAGCAUAUGCUGUCUCGGAAAAUCGAAGACGCUGUCAAUGCCGCUGUUAGGGCCAAGUCCCCCGAUCCCGUCCUCUUCAUCUCCAAUCAUUUGAGAAAAGCGGUUCCAUCCGUGAUCACGAAGAUCAAAGCGAGGCAGAUACUCGAUAGCAGAGGAAUUCCAACGGUUGAAGUGGAUUUGUACACAAACAAAGGGAUGUUCCGAGCCUCGGCCCCUAGCGGCUAUACUACCGGAAUGUAUGAGGCUGUUGAAAUACGGGAUGGGGACAAGGGAACAUAUCUUGGAAACAGUGUGACUAGAGCUGUUAAAAACAUCAACGAGAAGAUAUCCAAAGCAUUGAUUGGUAUGGAUCCAACACUUCAAUCUCAAAUUGAUCACGCCAUGAUAGACCUGGACAAAACGGAAAAGAAGAGUGAACUUGGAGCGAAUGCUAUUUUAGCUGUCUCAAUUGCUGCAUGCAAAGCUGGGGCUGCUGAAAAAGAGGUUCCCCUGUGCAAAUACAUUGCUGAUCUUUCUGGCGAAACCAACAUGACUCUUCCUGUCCCUGCCUUCACACUUAUAAGCGGCGGAAAACAUGCUGGGAAUCAUCUGUCCAUUCAGGAAAUCAUGAUUCUUCCAAUCGGAGCAAGCAGAUUUGAGGAGGCACUGCAAAUGGGCUCUGAAACCUAUCAUCACUUGAAGGCUGUUAUUACCGAAAAAUAUGGUGCACAUGGAUGUAAUGUUGGUGAAGAUGGUGGCUUUGCUCCAAACAUCUUGAGCUUUAGAGAAGGCCUAGAUCUUGUAAAAGAAGCUAUCGGCAGAACGGGGUAUGAUGAGAGAAUAAAAAUUGCACUUGAUGUUGCUGCUACUGACUUUUGCAUAGGCACAAAGUAUGAUCUGCACAGCAAAGUUCCAAAUAAGUCAGGGCAGAAUUUCAAGUCAGGAGAGGAUAUGAUUGAGUUGUACAAAGAACUAUGUGUUGAGUACCCGAUUGUAUCAAUUGAAGAUCCAUUUGACAAGGAGGACUGGGAACACGUCAAGCAAUUUUCCAGUCUUGGAAUUUGUCAGGUGGUAGGGGAUGAUUUGUUAAUGUCAAAUCCACAACGUAUUCAAAGAGCAAUACAAGAAUCGACUUGCAAUGCUCUUCUUCUCAAGGUAAAUCAGAUUGGGACCGUGACAGAGGCCAUUGAAGUGGUGAAGAUGGCAAAGGUUGCUAAUUGGGGAGUGAUGACUUCUCAUAGAUCUGGGGAAACUGAAGAUUCUUUCAUUGCUGAUUUAUCUGUUGGACUUGCCACUGGCCAGAUCAAGGCAGGUGCUCCUUGCAGAGGAGAGCGGCUGGCAAAGUACAACCAGUUGCUUCGAAUUGAGGAAGAGCUUGGGGAGCAAGCAGUUUAUGCUGGUCAAGAUUGGAGGGCGUCAUCCUGAACAGUCCCCUCAGGUUUUACCCUAGACCGCGCCCCGCGGCAUGUUUUAUUGGGGGUGGGGGCUUCUUGUAUUUAAAAGAGUUUGUAUGUCCCAUCAAUUCAAGUAGAUUGGGUAUUCUGUUGCAACGGGUGUUCUGUUUUGCUUGUGAGUUGUGACUAUUUUCCUUUUAAAUUGAGUUCUUUCAACAACUUAAAAAACUAGUACAUUAAUUUUGGCUUC